UUUGCAUCUCCUUUCUUUGAUCAGCCUUCGUUAUACGAUAAUUAAGUCACUUGAUACUUGAUAGUGGAAUUUUUUCUCUCUGAAUGUACUGGUCCUUUUCUGAACCAUGCAUUUGUUUGCGGACAGCUGCGAGAGUGGCGAAGCGUACGACAUGUGGCAGUGGAACAGCGUGGAUGUGCUGAUCAACGGGACGCUGCAGCACGGCGUCGUCGUUGGAAUAUCUGCAGCGUCUGCGGACGGGCAGAAGAAGGGCUUGAUGAUCGGCUUCCACAGUCCGCAGGGCCGUUCGCAGUUUGUCGAAUACGGCAACAUCAUCCGCUGUCUGGAUGUUGCGGAAAGCCGCUGGGAUCGCGUAAAGCAGGUGACUGCGUGGGCGGAGACCCGUGCGCUGCAAGCACUGCUGCGUGUCGGUCGAGAUCGCGCGUGGACCUGGUGGCCCGUCCAGCUAGCCGUGCCCCAGGACGACAACAUGCGCCGAGCGUGUUGCAACGAAAUCGAAUGUGGCCUGGUGGAGGUGCAGUGGGGCGAUGCGUUGACGAAGGAGCUGAUUCCUCUUCGCCAGAUUCGGUGUGUUCCUUCACUGAAAGAUCUACAAGUGCGCCGCGUGGGACCGGAGUGUUUUGUCAGCCGCGAAUGCCGUCUGCCCCGCAAAUACUGGUCGGCGCCUCCGGGGGCCACGAAACGGUUGUGGCAGAAGCUCAGUCGCGAGUUCGUGCCUGCUGCACUGCCGUUCGCAAUGACAGUUUCACGUACUUUCAGCGCCACGAUGGGGAUCCAAUUCUAUUCAACAGACUGGAAAGCACUUUUAAUUCAAUUAUGAGGGACGAGUCUACUCGAUACAACACCGACCGUGGUCAGGGCGCAGGCAGCCAAGAAGGGGAGUGGGAUGGACGUCGCUACGCUCCCGCUUUGAGAAGAGUCAAUGCUCCGCCCUUCGACGAGCAUGCAGCGGGACGCGGGAUUCCCCUAGCCAGGGAACUUUUGGCGGAGAUCUUCCAGGCGCUGGACACCGUCGAGCGAGUGCGGAAGCGGCGCGUCUGCCGCCUGUGGGAUCUUCUGUUAGCUGCGGAUGCUGCCAAGCAGCUGUGGAUCCCCUGCCGGCGUUUCGCCCAUAAAACACGCAGUAAGACGCCAGAGCAGUUUCUGCUGGCUUGCUGCCUACUCAAAUACGCCACUUCCGCCACGGACACCAUCAUUUUGGAGGAUUCGUCCGAGUUAUCCUACAUGUCGCACGACGUGUACGGACUGGUGGCGACCCUACUGCAGCAGCGGUGCAUUAAGCUACUGCUCUUGUCCCGCCAUGAUUUCGACGAUCACGACUGCGACCUGCAUGACUACCUGGACUGUAUCAAUGAUCAGCUGACGCGGUUUGCCGCCACCUGCCAAGUCGUCGUGUGGCGCGAGUGCCGGCUGUCGCUGGUGCAGGUCAGCGGAAAAGUGGCUUAUGCCAAAUUCUCUCUGCGGGAUGCAUCCGCGCAACGGCUGACGCAGUUGUGGGAUGUACUGGAAAGGUCACUGGUGGAGAAGGAGGUGGUCGAUCUGUCAAAGCUCACCGAGUGGAUUGCACGUUGUGUUAGCACACGGAAUCGAGAAUGUGCGGGCAUACUAUGGGUUCUAAAUGAGUUUAUUGGCGCGGAUCCACGGACUCCACAGCAGGGUGCUUACCGAGAGUGGACGGUGGAGAGUCUGGCCCGUUUGGAUGUGUAUCAGCUGCCGAAGGUGGCCCAGUUUGUGCUGCAUUGCCGAGUUGACGAUAGUUAGUUGUCAGCAGACUACAGUGCAGUAUUUUUGACCAAUUUGUCGCUGGUUGUUGUUGAAAAUAACUGGAUUAAGAUUUCGACAUUAGAAUUUUAUCCAUCGUAUU